UAGUUAAGGGUGUUUGACGUUUGAAAUAAAUAAAUUGUAUACUUAAGGUGUUAAUACUUUCUGUACGAAUUAUAGUUAAAAACUUGUAUAAGUUAUUUGUAUAUAAAUAAUCUUUUUAAUUGAAUAAGAAAUGAGUAUGCAAAAAAUUUUACCGAGAGUAUAUGGACUGCUUGUUUCAAAUAUAAAGUCAUCACCAUGUUGUACCACGGUAAGACUACAGCAUAGUAAGAGUGAUGUUAACGAGCAUAGAGCUAAGGUCAUGGCUCGGGGCUUGCCUGAAAAAAAGCCCUUACCUAAAGUUAACAGUAUAAUACUGGUUGCUUCUGGAAAAGGAGGUGUUGGAAAGACAACUACUGCUGUGAAUCUCGCUUGUGCAAUGAAAGUGAUAGAACCAGACAAGGAGAUAGGACUCCUAGAUGCAGAUGUGUUUGGUCCAUCAGUUCCUCUAAUGAUGAACAUCAGUGGGGAGCCCAUGCUGAAUGAUGACAAUCUAAUAGAACCCCAUAUCAACUAUGGUGUUAAGUGCAUGUCAAUGGGGUUGCUGGUCUCUGGUGAGAAUGCAGUAGUUUGGCGCGGCCUAAUGGUGAUGCAAGCGUUGGAACGACUUACAAGGAACGUAGCAUGGGGCCCACUUGACUGCCUCAUAGUAGACACACCUCCUGGUACUGGGGACACCCAUCUGUCACUUGCACAGAAUCUGCCUAUUGAUGGAGCAAUAGUUGUCACAACACCUCAAUCUGCUGCUUUACAAGUUACUAAGAGAGGUGUAAACAUGCUUGAAAAACUCAAAGUCCCCAUUAUUGGACUGGUUGAAAAUAUGUCACAUGCAAUCUGUCAUAAAUGUGGUUCGAAAAACUUCAUAUUUGGCAAUGAAACUAAGCAGACAGCCGAUCAGAUGGGCCUUAAGAUUAUUCAGAGCUUUGAAGUGGAUUCAAAUAUGUCUGAAUGCAUAAACAGUGGGAAACCAGCCAUAUAUGCACUUCCAGACAGCACACACGCAGAGAAGUACAGACAGCUAGCAAACACAGUCUUUAAAUAUAUUUCAAAUAAAAAUAUGGCGGAAGAUGAGGCUUCCGAACAGUAGACUCACAAAAUAUUUACACGUAGUUGUUGAAUUAUGUUUAUUAUAUUUAAACACUUCACAAAUAAAUCUGUUAUAAAAAAAUGUUGUCUUACUUACACAAUAAUAUUAUAUAAUAUGGCAAAAACGCAAUAGCUUGAUAGUCUCGCACAGAAAUAGGUUACGAAAAAAAAAGGUAGAAGGUAUUAUGUCAUAUUUAUUGAAAACAUUUCAUUUACGAAUUCGACUUUUCUUCACGAGCGUACAUUAAAAAUAAAUAAAAAAUACUAUAAAAAUAUUUUUUGUCUUUUUAAAUAUACUUUAGUAGAAAUUAAGUUUACAAGGAAGAAUAAAGGGCUAUUUGAUUAAUAACUGUAAAGUCGCGUCUAUAGACUUGUCACAACAUCAGAUACAGACUACAUUAAAAUUAAAUUUUAUGUUUUAAUUAAAAUUUUUUUAAUUUACAAGUGAUCAGUCGAUAAGUACAAAUAUUAUUUACAUAUUUGUCAGAUAAUUAAUUCGGAAUGAAAUUAAUAUAUUUGCUACAUCAAAUUUUGCUCAUUUCUGUUUAAUGUUUUAUUUCUAAUAUGACUUAUAUUUUUUUAUCAAUGAACAUAAUAACAAAUAUAACUUUACAAAAAACGUUUAUAUGAAUUUUAACAACCAAAUAAUAAUAUAAUUCUAACCAAAGAUUAUACAUCAAAUAGAACACACACAUUUAAAAAUAAUUGUGCACAAUGUACAAAUUUAAGAUACCAUCAUCAAUACUAUAAUCUACUUUUGAAAAGUUCAUAGUUACUUAUAAACAAUUAUGUGAAUACUUAUUGUAUAAAAUUGAAAUAACAUUAUAAUUCAUGUUUGUAUUCUAGAAAUGGGCUUGUAGUUGCUUGUAGGGCAGUCUAUUUAUAACUUAGCCAAAGUGUUUUGAAAGCUAGAAAAGAGA